AUGGGGUCCUGCCUAUGCGUCAUUACACAAACUUUGAAAACUGGCGUGUAUGACCCGUUUCUCGAACCAGGCUACCGCUGGGUGGACUGUCUAGGAAGAACAAGAUCACAGAGUAGAACACUCCAAAAAACACACUAUCGAGCCGAAAACUCUGAUCUUUUAACCUUUCCUGCUCCUAACUACUUUGCUCCAAUUCGUCUCUGCCUUUUUCCCCUUCUCUGCCUCUUCUCCUCUCCCAGUUUUCACUCCCAUUCCUUCUUCUUUGGGUGCUUUUCUUUUUUUGCUUUGUCGAGUUUUUUUACACUGCACGCGAAAUUUCUGGACAGAAAAAUUCAAAUCCUAAAAGGAAGCGCCCCAUAA